CUCAGGUAACAAGGCUAUAUCUAAUGGUCUAUAUUCUUGUUCUAGGUUCCAGUGGGGGUAUGGUUGAUGGAGAAAAAUUGAAGACAGAGCAACCCGAGACUACUGUGAAAGAGCAACUUGUUGAUGUUGAAGGCCAAGAGAAAAGAUGGUUGGCAUUUGAAUCAAAUGGAACAUUGUGGAUAAGCAUGGAACAAGUGAAGGCUGAGUUCACAAAAAAUAUACAAAGCUCGACUCUCCGCAGCAGAAUGCACAGAUUGAAGAUAAAUUGCAAGAAAUCUGAGGGGAUCCUGCGCUUGAAGCUCGAAGAGAAAUUUGGACCACGUAAAGGUGGGCAUUACGUCAUCCCAUUAGACAGUCUUCAUUUGCUGCUACAGAAGCAGAGUGUGCUUCAACUACCACAAGCAGCAGUCGCCAAUGUGGAGGCGGGUACAAGUUACGAAGCAGCUUCAAGCAUGCAGGAUGGAGUGUCUUCAUUUGAAGUAUUUUUCGAAAAGCUCCAGGAAUUCUACACGGAUGAAAUAAACCCGUUAAGACCAUCAAACGGUAUGACAGCAGGGACAAUCGAACGCCACACAAGAAGGUUAAAGAAGUUCUUUGAACAUGUAGAAGAGACAUAUAACAGACCCCCACAAAUGGAGGAUGUUACAAACAUCAACUUUGUUAGGGCAUAUGUGGCGGAAUUGAGGAGGGAGCUAAACGUGGGUACAGUUGCCAACCAUAUUCAAAGCCUGAUAGUGGCAGCAAAAUAUAUUCUGAAAAAAGAGGGCCUAACAAAAAGUUGGCAUGAAAUUGCAGAAAUAACACAAUUGAGGCACAUGCAGGCCCAACUGCAAGUGAGUAUUCCAGUUCACCUUAGCUAUAUAUAUUUUCGCUUUUCAUUAGAAAUUCUACAAUAG